AUGGGUCUGCUUGAUAGAGUCGAGGCCAUCUUUGGAGGCGAAGGUGAUGCUGAACGGCACUCUCACUCGCAUUCGGGCUAUCAGUGCGAUGAGCUUCACCCAGAAGAACACGUUGCCAACAGAUACCAGUCAUUUGUAGCCCCUUCUACCGGCAACAUCAAGUGGUUUGUCGAUGGCUGCUCCUACUUCUGGGCCGUGUCUGAGGCUCUCCAACGGGCGGAGGAGAGCAUCUAUAUUCUCGACUGGUGGUUGAGUCCUGAGCUCUACCUUCGGCGUCCACCAUCUCGUAACGAGCAGUAUCGUCUCGAUGUCAUGCUUCAAGCUGCCGCCGAGCGCGGAGUCAAGGUUCACAUCAUAGUGUACAAAGAGGUCGAGGCCGCUCUCACUCUUAACUCUGCGCACACAAAGCAUGCCCUCGAGAAGUUGCACCCCAACAUCAGCGUCUUCCGGCAUCCUGACCACGCGCCGGCUGGAUACGACAUUGCUUCGGAAAUCGGCAACUCGUUCAAGAACUUGACAAACUUUGACCUGGCUACUGUAUCAAAGGACACGCUCAAAGCAAUCUACGGCGCGGCAGAUGAUGUUGUCCUCUACUGGGCUCAUCAUGAAAAGCUUCUUGUCGUCGACCGUAACCUCGUUUUCAUGGGAGGCCUAGAUAUGUGCUUUGGAAGAUGGGAUACCAACUCCCAUCCGAUUGCAGAUGCUCAUCCUGGGAACGUGGACAACACCAUCUUCCCCGGCCAGGAUUACAACAACGCUCGGAUUUUCGACUUUGCCGAUGUUGGCAACUGGGAGCAGAAUCAACUGGAUCGAACCAAGAGCUCGAGAAUGGGCUGGUCAGACGUUGCCUUGUCUAUGAACGGCCCCAUUGUGUCCGACCUUGUCACCCACUUUGUCGAUAGAUGCUUUGCUAAACUUGAGUCCAGCUGCUGCCCAUGGUCAUCCGGCCAUCCCACGGAGCAUUCUAUUGCAAAUGCAUAUGUUGGCGCCAUCACGAAUGCGAAGCAUUUUGUCUACAUUGAGAAUCAGUUCUUCAUCACGGCGACAAGUGACGAGCAGCGCCCCGUUUCCAACAAGAUUGGCGCUGCCAUAGUUGACCGCAUCGUUCGAGCCUACGAGGAGGGCCAGCCGUUCAAGGUGUGGGUGGUGAUGCCCUCUGUCCCAGCUUUCGCUGGAGAUCUGAAGUCCAAGGAAGCCCUCGGGACCCGAGCCAUCAUGGAGUUCCAAUACAACUCCAUCAGCAGAGGCGGACACAGCAUCAUCCAGAAGCUUGUCGCUGCAGGCAUUGAAAACCCGAGGGAGUACAUUGGCUUCUACAACCUUCGGAACUAUGACCGUAUCAACACAUCCGGCACCAUGCAACAGGCGGAAUACCGCUCUGGCGUAUCGUACGAAGACGCGCGAAGAUAUCACGACGAUUACGUCAAUGAGGAGCGCUACGGCGGUGAUGAUGGCGACUCUUACAACUACGACAGAUAUCAACGCCAAGCCCGAUCAGUCCAGGACGACACUCUGGAUACGGUGAGUUCCGCCUACAUGAAGGACGGGCCCAAUAUCGCCGACAUCCCCUGGGACGGCGCACCCGAAGACGAGUUCAACGCCUUUGUGAGCGAGCAGCUCUACAUCCAUUCGAAGCUCCUCAUUGCCGAUGACCGCGUCGUCAUCUGCGGCUCCGCCAACCUGAACGAUCGCUCACAGUUGGGAACCCACGAUUCUGAAAUUGCUGUGGUGAUUGAGGGCCCUCGCAACCUUGAGUCUUACAUGAACGGCGAGCAGUACGCGGCCAGCGAAUUCGCCGCCUCUCUGCGAAGGCAAAUCUUCCGCAAGCACCUCGGCCUGCUGCCCGACCAACGAUGGGACCGACCCGACCAGAACUGGCUGCCGGUGACUGACGCACCCAACGACUACGACUGGGGCUCGUCCGCCGAUCGGCUUGUAGAGGACCCCCUGAGCCCAGACUUUUUGAGUCUCUGGGAGGAUACGGCCAGCACCAACACCGAAGUGUUCAGCCGAGCAUUCCACCCCGUCCCCGACGACCACGUGCGCACCUGGGACGACUACGAGGAGUUCUUCUCAAAGCACUUCAUCAUCCCCAGCGCCAAGGGAGACGACAAGAAAUCCGACGACGGAAACGACGACAACAAGGUCCCGUACGGUCACGCUGUCCGCGAAGAAUUCCCCGGCGGUGUGCAGGAGCUCAAGGAGUGGCUGAGCCGGAUUCGCGGCACCCUCAUCAACAUGCCUCUCCAGUUCCUGAUUGAGGUUGAGGAUAUUGCCAAGGAGGGCUUGACCCUGAACGGACUGACGGAUGAACUGUACACGUAG